ACAACAAAAAACAACUAUACACCAACAAACAUCCAUCUCUCAUGGCCUUCUCUGCCACUCUCUCAUCACAUUUACAAAGCUCCUUCCGGCGAUUUUCUCACUUCUCCCAAACUUCAAGAAGAAACCCGAUUCGUCUUCGGUCGAUUAGAGCUGUAAAAUCUGCAGAGCCAGAAAAGGAGAAGAAGGCUACAGAGGCCAAAACUCAAGACUCCUCCAAUGCUCAACCUUCUUCACCUCCUAAGCCUGCUCCUUCUAAGCUUCUCAAAAAGCCCGUAUAUUCAAUGAAGAAAGGUCAAAUUGUGAGGGUGGAUAAAGAGAAGUAUCUGAAUAGUAUAAAUUAUUUAUCUGUUGGGCACCCUCCUUACUACAAAGGCCUGGACUAUAUCUAUGAAGACCGCGGCGAGGUCUUGGAUUUACGCAUUUUCGAGACAGGAGAGCAUGCACUGGUUGCAUGGGUUGGUAUUCCAACAGCGCCGGCUUGGCUUCCAACUGAUAUGCUUAUUAAGUCGGAGAAACUCGAUUAUGAGAGAUUGUGAAAUAGGAAGCUCAAUCCUCUUGUGAUUGAUUCCAUUGGAGGAAAAGUUUUUCCUCCAAGUACCGAGUAUAUCCAAGACCCUAAGGCGUUUUGGCAAGAUGGGUUUUAUUCCUUUAAGUGGCAAAUAUCAUUCUAUACCAUGAACUAGAAAUCAUGAAAUGUAGUUUAUAAAACUUACAA